UUUCUCUUCUUUCUCGAUACAAGAAACGCAAUUGCAGGCAAUUCACUUCUUUUUGUCCUCUCUCCCAACCCCCAAAGACACGCACCACCAUGACCUCCACGAACCCCCAACCCGAAGAACCCAUCACCAUCCCCGCGGACCGGGAUGGAGUCGCCUACCUGUACGGCCACCCGCUGCUGAACUCGCUGUCGCCUCCCCUGCACAAGACCGUGUACGAGAAGCUGGGGCUGAACUGGAUUCAGAUCCCGCUGUCGAGCGUGACGGGGAGCUCGGAGACGUACCCGCCGCCGUACACGCGGUCGCCGCCGAUCGACAAGUUCCUGGCGUCGAUCCGGGCGAACCCCAAGUUCGUGGGGUCGUCGGUGACGAUGCCGUGGAAGGUGGGGAUCAUGCCGCACCUGGACGAGCUGACGGAGGACGCGCGGCAAGCCGGGGCGUGUAACACGAUCUUUGUGCAGACCGACGAGACGACCGGGGAGCGGCGGUACGUGGGCACCAACACCGACUGCAACGGGAUCCGGGAGGCGCUGGUGCAGAACUCGCCGGACCCGGCGCGCUUCCGCGGCAAGCCCGCGCUGGUCGUCGGCGGCGGCGGCACCGCCCGCACCGCCGUCUACGUCUUCCGCAAGUGGCUCGGCGCCAGCCAGAUCUACAUCGUCAACCGCGACGCCGCCGAGGUCGCCGCCAUCCUGGAGGAGGACCGCCAGCGCAAUGCAGGCCUCUCCAGUCUCGCCCCGAUCAUCCCCGUCACCGACCCCGCCGCCGCCGCCGCCCUCGAGACCCCCGCCGCCAUCGUCUCCGGCAUCCCCAACUACCCGCCCAAGAGCCCCGAGGAGAUCAACGCCCGCCAGGUGCUGCAGGCCCUGCUCGGCCGCAAGGACGACGCCAAGCCCAAGGGCGUCAUCCUGGAGAUGUGCUACCACCCCGUCCCCUGGACCGAGAUCGCCGAGCUCGCCGACGCCGCCGGCUGGAAGGUCAUCCAGGGCUCCGAGGCCCUGAUCUGGCAGGGGCUGGAGCAGGCGCGUCUCUGGACCGGGCGCGAUAUCAUCGGCACCCCUGGGGUGGUCGAUGCGGUCAAGGAAAUGGUCGCCAAGACGAUCGCCGAGCGGACGCAGCCCAAGUCUGCUUAGUUUUUGCGGUAAAUCUGGAUGACACCACCUUCAUGGUUUUAUGAUUUCUUGUACAGAAUUCUAGCAUACCCGGAGCAUUUGCUUGUUGUUUG